AUGACAUGUUUGGUGAGCUUAGCUCUUCCAGCUUGGCUACCUUUGGUCACAGCUAUAGCAAUAGCUAUUAUAAUAGGUUUUUGUGUUAUAAUCUGCUAUAUUUCUAGGGAAAUUGAUAGAUACAAGAACUUCUAUGGGAGGGAAGAUCGCUUGAAUAGCAAAUAUGAGAAAGAAUUCCGGAAGGAACUAGAAGAGACUGAAGAUAUGAUUUACAGAGGAUACAAAAACGAAGUUCUGGUCAUUGCAAGUCCAGGAACACAAAGUUCGCCAGUGUAUGGACUGAAAGUUAUGAUGACGAGGAAAACAUCAAGAGCUACACGGAAUAGAAUAGAGAAUUGCUCAAUAUCUGCUUCCAAUACAUCAGAUGUCAUUCAACUAGUGAAAGACAAAUUGGAAAGGGGACAAGAACUGAUUGAGUUAUUAUCAAGUCAUCAUCCUCUAGGAAACAGAGAAGCGAGAUCGAAAGCAUACGUGGAGUGUGUCAGAGCUUUGUUAGAGAAAAUGACCCUGCAAUACUUUGUCGUCUAUGGUAAAAUGGGGGAGCUAUCAGUCAGUUGUGGAGAAGAUCAACUGACUACAUUAGAUGUUGCCGAGCUAUCUCUCAAUCUUCAGCUUAAAGUCUUAUUGCCUCAAGUUUUAAUUAUUUCCGCCUUCCAGAUUCAUCCAGAAGUUCUGUCGUGCCCUUCCUCGCAACAUGAUGAUCCAACGGAAGUUGAGAGAGGAAAUAGUCGUAAGAGUGCAGAUUCAUUGAAAGAAGACAUUCUGGUGAACAAUCUUACAUAUUUUGGAGAAAAGCCAGACAUGGGAUUGACGAUUGUACCUGCUCUUCAAUUGGGCAGACGACGCUCCACCAGAACUUCAAAUCUUCUCUUUCGCAACAGAACUUCGAGAUCAAAAUCAAUUGGCUCAGAGAGAAGAAGCCGAUCUAUUGGUGGAACACCGCGUUUGUAUCCUCCUGUUGUUAUCAAUAACCGUUUUCAUAGCCAAAUAAGGGCUCCAUCGACUAUAAAUGCCACAAGUCUAAUGUAUGAUUCAAUUGAUAUAACUAUUUCACUAAGGAACUUAUCCAUUCAAGAUUUACCAACAGAAGUAAUUUGCAUUCUAUGGGCAAAUGAAACUGAGAACGACUCCAAAUGGACAGUUCUUGGCACUUCAGAACCUGCCGCGGUCAUCAAACGAAAUGUAUUUUUCUCCGAAAAGUUUACCUUUGAUUACAAAUUCGAAAAGACACAGCUAAUUAAGGUUGAAAUAUGUCGAGUUCCGUCAGAAGAGGCUUGUUCUUCCAAUGACGUCUUCGGAACUUGCAUGUUCAAGGUUGAUGAGCUUAUUGGAUCUUUCGGAUUACAUCUUCGUCGAUGUCUUCAAACUAAGGUAUCCAUAGCUGGAGUGUUUGCUGGAAAGAACACAGGACCAUCUAUGGGUGGAGUUCUAAUAUCAGGACAAAUGGGUGAAAGAGAACAACCGAUUGUUUGUCAAUUUGAAGGAAAAGGCAUCGAUAGGAAAGAUUUCUUGUGGGAUGAAACAGCCGUAUUCUUCAGAGUUUACCGAUUAGAAGAAGGUGAACAAGAAGAUUACUUGGUUCUAUUGUAUGAGAGUGAAGCUAUCAAAAAUCAUUCACAUCCAGUUUGGUCCGAGUUUGCACUUGGAGCUCAAGACGCAGCUGAUAAUCGUAAUAGGUUAUUAGAAGUUAGAGUUUGGUAUCGGGAUGUAGAUGGCAGUGAAGGAUACAUUGGGAAGUUCUUAACAACAUAUGCAAAAAUGAAGUAUGGCCCCGGCCCCGAUAACAUAUAUCACAUAAUCAAUGAGACGAAGAAACAGCAGAAGAAGAAUUACGAACAUAGUGGAAAAAUGGAAUUAGUGAAGUUCACUGAUGUUUCGUUCUUCUCUUUUCUCGAUUAUAUUGUCAGCGGCACUCAACUUCAUUUCGAAUUGGCAGUUGACUUCUCCAGCGAUGAGGGGAAGAAUCGAAUAGACAAUCGCCGAUUCGAUUCUGACUUCCAAAUCUCUAUGAGAGCCAUUGGAAGUAUCAUUCGAGACUACUCACCGAAUAAGCUGUUCGCUGCAUUCGGUGUUGGAGCUAAGAUUCCACCAACUUUCCAUGAAUCACACGAGUUCCAUUUGAACUUCGCAUUAGAUCCGGCAUGCCGUGGAUUGGAUGGCGUUAUGGAUGCCUAUCGAAAAGCUGAAUCUAUAGUAACUCCUAUUAAGGAUGCUAAGUUCGCUCCAAUUAUCCAAUAUGUCACCCGAUUAUCACAACAAUCGGGAUUCCGUGGAUUGCAUUACCAUAUCUUCACAAUAUUUGCCCGAUCUCCACCUGUUGAUAUGAAGGAUGUUAUUGUGUCCUUACAAGCAGUUGCUGAAGCUCCACUCUCUAUUGUUUUCAUUGGCAUCGGAUCAGCCGAUUUCACACCUUUAAUGAAGCUUGCAUCCAAACGGAAAGAUCUCAAACGUGAUUGUGUGGAAUAUUGUUCUCUAUCUGAACUAUUCGAUGAGACAGAUAGUGUUUCACAGAACAAAUCGCGAAUUGCUGAACAAGCUCUUCACAAUAUACCUCAACAUAUGGUUUCAUACAUGCACAUGAUGAAUGUUGCUGCAAAGCCACCUAUACAAGUAUGCCGGUCUCCUCUCUUUCAUAGCUCUUCACUCAUUCCCGAUCGACCAACUCAAUUCACUUUUAUCGAAGAUCCAGAUCAAUCACCUCCUCCACCAACGGAUCGCUUGAUGUCUGAACGUCGUGGAAGUGAUUCACACUUCCUUGAUGUAGACAACGGUCUGAGAACCAACCUAACUGUCCGUAUCCCUGAACGAUGUCAUUCUGUGUUACAAACUUCACGCGAGCAAUAUCAACGACGAUUGAAGGAACGAGGAUUGGCAAGAAUGAGAUUUCCGCGAAUGGAAUUGACAACUCUUGAAUCUUCUGGUUCUACUCAAGAUAGUGCUGCCUAA